AGCAGGUCAUGACUGGUCGUGCCCAGUCGGUUGAGGAAGCAGCAGGAGAGCUUGCGGACGCUAUCGAAGUGGAUGGGUCUCAACAGCAGCAGCAGCACGAGCAGCACGAGCAGCGAGAGGCGCGGCGGGGGCGGCGGGGCGGGAGGCGAGAGCAGUGGCGCCGGCGGCAGCGCCGGAGGCAGCAGCACCAAGAGCAUCAAGUACAAUUGCGACCACAACGGGGGCAGCAACGGGCGAAGCAGCAGCAAUCUGAGAGGCACCAAGAGCAGCAGCAGCAGCAGCCGGCGCAGCAGCACCACGAGGAGCAUCGGCUGCCGCAAGCACUGCCCCCGCAGCAGCAGCAGCACCCAGGCAGCAUGCUGGAACAGCAAGAGCGACAACGACACACCGCAGCGCUUGCCAAUGCAGCCGCUCCAGGGCAAGCAACCCAGCAAACAGGAGUUCUCUCUCUUCCGCAGCAGCAGCCGCAGCAACCCCUACAGCAGCAGAACCAUCAUCAGCAGCACCCGCAGCAGCAGCAGCAUGCGCUAGCGCUAGCAGCGGCCCUUCCUCGGCGGCCGCUAUCGCUGCUGAUGCGUCUCAUCGACGACUUCCUGUUCGUUACCACAUCACGCGCCGCUGCGGAGGCGCUGGUACGGCGACUGCACGAGGGCUUCCAGUCCGACUACGGGUGCCGUAUCAACCCCGCCAAGACGCAG